AUCCGGUACCAGACCGAGAACCAGGGGUGUGACUCGGGACGCUCUUCUACGUCUUCUCUGAUUUCUCCAUGUUCAAUUUUCUGUUAAUGAUCUAACCUCACUUUGACUACAUCCGUAAUUCAGUUAUAAAAACAAUAGCGGUGCUGGAGAAUUUGGGCAGGAUCAGUUCACUUGGUAGCUAGCCAAGUGAUUUUCUUUCUUUUAUUUUGAAAUUACGGUAGUUGGUUGUUUAGUUGUCUUUUUGCCUACGCUUGUGGCUAACACGGACAUCAGACAUGGACGAAAAGGCGUUCACGAAGGAACUAGACCAGUGGAUCGAGCAACUGAAUGAGUGCAAGCAGCUUUCAGAGAACCAAGUCAAGACUCUAUGUGAAAAGGCUAAGGAAAUCUUAACAAAGGAGUCUAAUGUGCAGGACGUGCGAUGUCCGGUCACGGUGUGUGGCGAUGUCCAUGGACAGUUUCACGACUUGAUGGAGCUCUUCAGAAUAGGCGGGAAAUCCCCAGACACCAAUUACCUGUUCAUGGGCGACUACGUGGACAGGGGCUACUACUCCGUGGAAACAGUCACACUGCUUGUAUCUCUUAAGGUUAGGUACCGUGAACGCAUCACAAUUCUACGAGGGAACCAUGAAAGUAGGCAGAUCACACAGGUGUAUGGUUUCUAUGAUGAGUGCUUGAGGAAAUAUGGGAAUGCCAAUGUUUGGAAAUACUUCACGGACCUCUUUGAUUAUCUUCCCCUCACUGCUCUGGUAGAUGGCCAGAUAUUUUGUCUUCAUGGAGGCUUGUCCCCAUCAAUAGACACAUUGGAUCACAUCCGAGCUCUUGACCGCUUACAAGAAGUUCCACAUGAGGGGCCCAUGUGUGACUUGCUGUGGUCAGACCCAGAUGACCGCGGGGGCUGGGGAAUUUCCCCCAGAGGGGCCGGGUACACCUUCGGACAGGAUAUCUCAGAAACCUUCAACCAUGCCAACGGCUUGACACUGGUCUCCAGAGCCCAUCAGCUAGUGAUGGAGGGGUACAACUGGUGCCAUGAUCGCAACGUGGUAACGAUUUUCAGUGCACCAAAUUACUGCUAUCGCUGUGGCAACCAGGCAGCUAUCAUGGAACUUGACGACACUCUUAAAUACUCCUUCCUACAAUUUGACCCUGCGCCUCGUAGAGGAGAACCCCACGUCACCCGACGCACCCCAGACUACUUCCUGUAACACCCCCUGGUCCCCUGCACAUUUGAACAGCACUGCAAUUUAUGAAUAAACAACCAUUAAUAUACAGUCAUCUAAAACCAGAGAGGGAUGGGCAACCAUACAAACUUGUGUAUACAAACGAUUAUUUAAGCUUCCAAAAAUAAAGUAUCUUUACAUGGACCAAAUGGUGUGCCAUAUUCAAAAUGAAUCACAAACAUAUUUUGUCCAAGAAGACUCUUGCCACUCCUGUCAGCAUCGCUUCCUCCGUGCAUGACCUCCAAUGUUUAUUUUAUUUUUUUGUUUUUAAUCUGCAGGUCUUCAGGUUCUUUCAGUAAACACUUUGUAUCAAAGUUCUGAGAUAAUGAUACAAACUCAGUUGGCACUUGGGACCUAAUGAUUAAAAAUAAUUCUGUAUAACUUUGGUUUUACUCACUAUGACAGUAUAUUGAAGGUUGCAGUGAAACGAAAAACUGGCCUUGUGAACCUAAUGAACUGAAAUAUUUAUUUUCAGGGAAUUUUCUUCCAUUUCUUUCUGCGCUUUAUUUUUUAUUUUAUGAAAUAGUUCACAUUUACCUUUUAUCUUUACAGAGCAUCCAGUCGUUUUUUUAUAACUCCAGUAGAAAUUAACUUCUAAUUCUUUCCACAGUACAGUGCUGUAAAAUGUAUCCAACUCAGAUUCAUACAGAAGCCGGGCAAUAAAUUGGCAUUGUGGAAAUGGUAGCAGUAACAUUGUAAAGGGUACACGUCUCGCAAAGACUCACUGAAUAAAGAUGAAAGUUGCUCAUUCAA